GAGGGGGAAUCCUGCUGCGACAUGGAGGGUCGGAUGGAGGUUUUGCGAAAAAUUUCUAAGAAAUUACUUCUAUGAUGGUUCACGUUCAUAAAUAACACCACGUGACAAGUCAGUUGAAUAGCUUGACACCGUUCGUGAUUCAGAGACCUAUUUACAUUUUUAUUUCAAGUCGGGUUAUUCACUUUUGCAGGAAACGUUCUGAUACCACAACAGAAGUAAAGAGAUCACCACUAGUGAACUGAAAAUGGCAGAUAGUUCAAAGUCGACGGGAUUAGAAAAGCCGAUGGCCAACACCAAGAAUGAUCCAAAAAAAGAGUCGAAGAAAAAACGUAAACAAGGCAAAAAGUUUCGGGCAAAAUUCACCGAGGGCACUGAGGAAAAAAGCCAGGAAUGUCCCACUCUGGUUAGCGACGAACAAAACGUUGAAGGAAGUCACGAUGUUUCUCAGGCAAAUGUCGAAAAAAGUAGCCAAAUGAGUGCAACGAACGAGGAGACGGAAAAGACAGCAGAGAAAGGUGAAGAUUCUAGUGCUAGUCACAGCGACCAAGCGACCGGAGCCGGCGCUGGUGAAACAGAACAGGAGAAUAAAACUAACGAAAAAUCUACAAACAAGAACAAAGAAUCGAGUGGGGAACAGAGAAAGUCCAUUGUCGAACAAGUCAAACAGGAUCAGACUGAUGGAAGCAAGAAAAACAAGCGUUCGUCCUUCAUUUUACUCCGCUCGAAAAAAAAUUCUAAAAGCAGACCGGAGUCAUCCGCUGAAGUUAUUGACGCUGAGGACAUGACAGAUGAAACUGGAAUUUGGACUGGAGAAAGCGACAAAAUCACCAGACAUGAAUACGAAACAAUUGAAUUAAAAACGGACGGAAACGGUGAAAGGCAGAUCGAACAAGGUGCAAAACCCGAAGAAGUGAAAAGCAAGGAAGCAGAGAGUUCUCUCGAGGGAAAGAAAGAAAAGUCGGUUGGUAAAGGCAACAAAAGCAAGAAAGUGAAACAUUUACCAAGCUUUGGGCGUAACAAAAAGAAAGCGGUAAUUACAAACAAGAAUAAGGAUGUCGAAGUUCCUGAAAACGAAACUCAAGAGUCGAAAGACGAAGAUACAAAAGGGGAAGUUUCUGAGAAGGCCGUCAUCGAGUCAAAUGAACCUGUUCUUGUUGACUUUGACUUGAAAGAACCGAGCGCUGUCGUUGAAGCAGCUGAAGUAGAGGGAGAGAAGAAAGAUGAAGAAGCAACGAAGAAAAAGAAAUCGUUUCUCACCUUGAAGAGAAAUAAAAGCCAGGCAAAAAGGAGGAAGUUGGCGAAAGGUGAAGAUGAACCGAAAGCAAAGACCAAUGAAAGCGAGGUCGAUUCCGCCGGGAAACAAAAUGAAGAUGUCAGCGGCACGGAUGGUCAACAUGGAGAAGCAGAGGGUGCAAUUGAGACUGAAGAAAAUAACUCUGAAAAUAAAGAAGAAGAGCCAAGCGUAAAGGAAACAAAAGACGUAGAACCGCAGGCAAAGGAAACGUUAGAGGCGUAUGGAACAGAAGAGGUGUCCGUUGACAAAGAAUCCAGUUCCCCGGAAGGAAAAGAGCAGAAAGCUACAACAGUUGAAGAAACGGGACAAGAUUCAUCAAAUAAAAAUAAAAAACCAAGUAUUUUGCGCUCGUUUAGAAAGUUAAAAAAAUCGAAGCAAGGAAAGAAAAAGCCGCUUGAAAAGGAAGAAAAACAAGAGAAGAUUGAUCAAGAAGACGGUGGGGAGAAAGUCUGCAAAGAAGAUGUAACUAUAGAUAGUGGAGAGAUGGUCGACGGAAAAAACGAAGGACGUUCUGAUAAUGAAGAGGGAACACCCCAAGCAGUGAAGAGAAAGACAAGCGAUUUGAAGAAUAUUGGGCUUAGCCAAGCUCAGAAAAGAAAGAAGGAAGACGGGGAAAAUUUCGUUGAAGAUAUAUCAGAUGUUAAAGAAAGCAGUGACCCUGUUGAGGAGGAGAAAGACUUGAAACAGCAAGAUCAGGAUAGAUCCGAAGAAACUGUCACUUUAAGAACCGAGGAAAAUGAAUUAAGUCCUCAACAAAAGGAAAAACUGUCGCAACAAAAGAACAAAGAACAAGAGCAAAUUGAAACCGAAGAAAGCGAAGAAGAGGAUGAAAAUCCACGCAUGUUAUCCGCGAGCGAUGACACGCGUGAUGAAGAGAUUUGGAAGGAAGCUCACGAACUGCGUAGUUCGCUAAUGAAAAUAGUCAAAGAUGUCAAAGAGAUGAAAGAAACCGAGGGAGAUGAUGAGAACGAGACACAAGUUGAGAAAACUGAAGUUGUCGAACCAAACACCGACAGCGAAGGUGCUUUAAUUGGAUCGCAAAUGGAGGCGGGUGAAAUUGAUGAAAACGCGGCUGAAACAUCUGCAGAAGGACAAGACGCAGAACAAGACUUUGACGAUAAAUCGUACGAAUCAGCCAUCACAGUCGUGUCCGUCGAGCAGUUGCCGAGUCAAGAAACAAAGAUCGUGCGCGAUGAUAUGCUACUCGACAAGGAAGGAGCAACUGCACAAAUCGAGACUGCACAAGUCACUGAUCCUGAAGUCGAACCAGUGGCAGAAAAUUCCGAAACUGGGACAUCGGACUUAAUCAAGGAGACAUUACGAAUAGAAAACACAACAGAACCAAAGACCGAAGAACCUAAAGAACACUCGGAGACCGAGACAUCACAAGUCACCGAGCAACCAGGCGAAGAAGAGAAACUUAAGACUGACUCGUCUUUGGAUGUCGAAGAGGAAUCUUACGAUUCCGAUUCCACAAUCGUGUCGGUCAAACAAAUGCAAAGUGAAGAACCACAAAUCGGAGAGGCAGUUUCACGGGCCGAGGAAAUAACGGAACCGAAAGCCGAAAAUCCUGAAGAUGUUUCGGAGCCCAAGAAAAACCAGUUACAGGUAGAACAAACAUUAGAACUAAAGACUGAAGAAGCUGAAGAUCAAAAAGAAACAGAAAUAUCAAAAGUCAGUGAGUCACCAAAGGAAGAAACCAAACAGCAGACAGCAGAAGCCGAAGAUACACUGCCAACCGACAAACCGCUGGACUCGGAAUCACAAGUUCAACAAGCAAAUAAAGUUGAGAUUUCAGACACUGAAGAAAUACGAGCCAUCGCCGAAGAAACAGUACUGGAAAGCGAGGGUGACGGGCCAAAAUUCGAAAACAAGACCGAAUCAAAGGAUGUACAUGCUAAAGAAAUGCAAGUCAGCAAGGAAGCCGACUCAAUGAAAGCCGAAGAUAACAAAGAACCGAAGACGGACAAUCGCGAAGACUCAUCGGAACCCGAAAAAUCUCAAGUCAUCGAGUCAAAAGUGCAACAAGAAGCCAGCUUGGACACGUCGCAGGCUGAACAAGAAACCGAGCCAAAGACCGAAGAUACCGAAGAGACACAAGCCAUCCAAGGAAUAUCUUCAGAAAGCAAAGUGGCGACAUCACGUGCCGAGUGUAAAGCCGAACUGAAGGAGGGAAGCACCGAAGGAAAACAAGCAAUCGACGAAGAACCAGCCUCGGAGAAGGUGAAAUCGAAAGCAACCAAAAAAAGCACGAAAAUGGAUAAACUGCUUCAAAGGCGUAUAGUGGAGAGUGUUUUAACAGAACCGGAAAAUGACGAGAAAAAUGCCGAGGAGAUUGUCAUGGAGCUGACUGAGAAGAAAAGCAAGAAAGACAAGAAAUGCGAAAAGGAGACCUGGGUCAUGGUACAGCACUUUGAAAUGACCGAUGAAAUAGCUCGACAGUUGGGUCACAUGCUCACACUCAAUGCCUUCAAAAGAACCACCACCUGUUGUACGAUUAUGUGAUUGUGUGAAGAAGUGAAUUCAGAUGUGUGACUGGAACGUCAACUUUUUGUGCGGCACUGAAAGGCACUACUUUGCUGCGUUAUUAACUGAACAAUGCUUUAGGAUCUUAAUAACAAUGCUGGGGCAUUAUGGACGGGAGAGUGUUUCUGGAUCUGACCGUAGACUGCUGUUAAGGUACCAGACUGGAGCGAGGUGAACUUAAUUGUCCUAUUGACUCUGCAAACUAAGUUAUUUACAUUCACAAGACCGUGCAGGUGACGAUUCCAGAAAUUAAAUUGGCGUGGCGUCCCAUUGAAUUAUGCCCCAAAGGUACCGGCAUUGGUAAGCAGGGAACUGAUAUUGUUCCAAGGACUUUGAUCACUUAAACGGACGCUAAGUAAAAUUUGGAUGAAGAAUAGGCCAGUUUCGAAUUCACAAAAUUCAUAUAUUACCUCCAAGGCAUGGCAUGGCAAGGCAAUUCAUGGAUUCAUCCAUGAAUCUCGAUGCAAUGUCUUUUUUUUAUGCCCCUAGCCUCAGAGCCAAUUGUGAAUUUUAAUCAUUCAAAACUGGCCUAUUGCAGUUUCAAAUACUGAACCUUGUUUCUAAAAAAAAACCGAAGACAUUUCGAGCCUGGAGAAGUUUCUACCGAUCGAAAAGAGGUUCAAACAUUUAGUCCUAGGAAGAGAGAGCUCGAUAACAUAUUUCGGUAAAACAGGAUUCAGAUUUGGAGUCAACGACAGCAAAAAUCAAACCUCCAUAGGUGAACUGAUCAGGCUGCGUAAUGAAUAGAAUUUCGGGCAUGAAAUGUGUUCUUAAACCAAUGUUAUUGGAUUAGAACCUUUUCUAGUGUAGCAUGCUUGUAGCUUUAAGUCUGCGCAUGUAGAUUUUUCCGAUGCUGUUUUUGUUCGAUAUGUUACAAAACGCAAAUUGGUAGGUUUUUUUGGUUUUGAAUGGUAAAAAAAUAUAUGUCACUGUAUGAUCGUAGUUUAAAUUGAAGUUGAUGAGAAACUGAGAAUAGAUUACCUAUUGUUACGCCUGUUCCAAGCGUUCAAAUAGCACCAUUUUAUGCGAAUAUCAGUACCGCCUCUACACACCCCCUAUCAAAACUUUUUCAUUGUCACGCCUUAUACAAAGUGUUGUCACGUGAUUAUGCUUCCGGUACUUUUAUUAAGUAGAAAGGGAUUUUAAAUGUCUUUUCAACAGGACAACAAGAAAAAGUAGGCUAGUGAAAGUCGAUAGAUUACAAGAUUUGCAAAUUUAGAAAGUCUUUUUUGCAACGUUUGCAUACAGUGUAGACUCUGUUCCAGGUUCCAAGAUACUUUUGCGCAGAACUGAUGCAAAAAACGCGCGGAGGCUGGGGAAAGAGAAGGCGCACGUCCUCUUUUCCCUUAGCUUGUUUUGCAACGUUCAUACUCCUCGAGAGCCUGGCACAGAUUAAGUUUCAAGCAGUUUGUUAAGCUCUUUUUCUCCGUGCAGCCUUACUUCACCCACUCAAUAACUAUUUGAACGCUUGCAACAGGCUUUCAUUGACCGUAAGGUUUUAGUUUAAGAUAUGGGAAAGAAACAUUCGCCAUUUGCACACCUCCAGUAAUACACCUUGUUUGCGCCCCCAAAUUUUGCAUAUGCAUUGUCUUCAGUUUCUCUUGGGACGUCUGUAAUACUCGGGAGAAAUUAAAAAAAAAAGGUUAUUCAACAUUUUGGGGAGCAAAAAGGGUGUAUUAUUAUGGGAGAUGUGCAAAUGGCGAAUUUCUUAACUUGAUUUGUUAAUCCAACUGAUAAGUAAAACCCGGUUUUCAAGGCAAAUAUUUGAGAUAAUCAAGAUUAAGUGAGAGUAUUGAAUAAGCUAACGAUAUAUACUCAAAAGCUAUCAAGUUGACACAGGAUCUAAUUAUGUUUAGAAACAGUGUGGAAAAAUUAAUCUCUUUACUGUUGUAAUACAAAAACUAAAUGAAGACAGAGAAAGAAUUUCGGGAAAUUUGUAACCAGUGACA